UACCACGUUUGUUGUAGUGGCUUUAUUAAACAAAACAUAUAACCAAAAGUUACUACUUUUCAACAACAAAGAAGAAAGAAACAGAAACCCUCGAGUCAUCCCCCCACAUCGCACUCCAAAGCAUAGUCUUUCAACCUGCGCUUCUUCUUAGAAACAAAUAAUCUCCGGCCUUUACUAAAAGUCAAUAAGAAAGAACUCUUUCGAAUUCCAAGUAUAUAUUUAAGACAAACUUAUAAAAACCACUCAAAACCUCUCUGAAUUCUCAAUCAACUUUUCAUUUCAGAAAAAAGAGAAAGAAAGAAGAUAAACUCUCGAUCAGAGACUAUGAGAACUUGUAUUCUUCUGUUUGUAUUACUAAUAUCUCUUUCAACAAAUCCAAUCAGUGGUUUUAGAUUUCCAGACCCUGAUCAUGAUGUGUCAAACCAUCUUCCGAAUUUCACUUCUUAUACUUCUCCUUGGGAUUACUUCAAGAACUUUACUGGGUGUCAGAUGGGUGAAGAAAGAAAUGGAUUAGCUAAACUAAAACAAUAUUUUCAUCAUUUUGGUUAUAUUCAGGAUAUACCAAUAUCAAACUUCACUGAUAAUUUUGAUGAUUCAUUUGAGAAAGCUCUCAAAACUUAUCAAAAGAAUUUUAAUUUAAAUCAAACAGGAAUUCUUGAUGAUCAAACCUUACAGCAGAUUCAACGCCCAAGGUGUGGUGUUGCUGAUAUAAUCAACGGUGCAAGUUCGAUGAAUUCCGGUAAAACAACUUCCGAUUCUCAUGUUCAUGGUGAUGGUACUCUUAAAUUCCAUUCAGUUGCUCAUUACACGUUUUUUCCUGGAAAACCAAGAUGGAGAAACCGGAGACUCACUUACGCUUUUCUACCGAAUAAUAACUUGCCGGAUAAUGUGAAGUUAAUCUUUGCAAAUGCUUUCAAACGUUGGGCAGAAGUAAUCCCACUAAGUUUCGUUGAAAUAGAUUCUUAUCGUGCUGCCAAUAUCAGAAUAGCUUUUGCCACCGGUGAUCAUGGUGAUGGAGAACCGUUUGAUGGGACUUUAGGCACGUUAGCACAUGCAUUUUCACCACCAAAUGGUAGAUUCCAUUUAGAUGGUGCUGAAGAUUGGAUUAUUGAUGGUGAUGCGAGUACAGAAACUAUAAAAUCAGCUGUUGAUUUAGAAUCAGUUGCUGUUCAUGAGAUUGGUCAUUUACUUGGAUUAGGACAUUCAUCGGUUGAAGAAUCAAUUAUGUAUCCUACGAUUUCAUCUAGGAAGAAAAAAGUUGUUCUUCGUGAUGAUGAUAUUCAAGGGAUUCAAGUGUUAUACGGUGGUAAUCCUAAUUAUAAUGGGACGUCGUUGAUUCCUUCUUCAACGACGACAGAAUCUCAUCAAGAAAGGGAGGAAAGUAGUAACGGAGGAGUUCAAAAUUUGAAUAUAAGAAGUUAUUGGUGGGCUUACUCUGUUUUUGUGGUCCUCAGUUACAGUAGAUUACUCAUGUAGAGCUAGAUAGAGAACCAAAAAGAAAGGACACAGAAAAAUUACUUUUUUUUUUAGCUUCUUUGUAUAGAUUUUAAAUUAUUUUAAUCCAAAUAUUAGGAAUUUGGGUUUUUAAUUUUUGUUGAACAGUGGCUAUAGAGUUACGGUGUAAAUACUAUUUUUAUAAAAUCUUAAUACUAUGUGAUUUUAUUUAUUUUUUUAAGCA